CCGGCUGGCAGUGGGGGCUUGACUCGGUUGGAAGAGAAAGAAAACAAAAACCAAAUCUUUGUAGUUGAUCUCCGAAGAAAUCAGCGAGUGACGAUGGAUGCUCUGAGAAAACAAGCUAGUAAAUUCAGAGAACAAGUUGCCAAGCAACAGCAGGCUGUAAUAAAACAAUUCGGGGGAACUGGAUAUGAGAGCUCAGAUGUAGUGGUAAUUGAUGAGAUUGAGAUGCAGAGACAUCAACAAUUGGAGAAAUUGUAUAGAUCUACUCGUGCAGGAAAGGAUUUCCAGAAAGAUAUUGUCAAAGCAGCAGAAGCAUUUACGGCUAUAGGGUACAAGCAUAUUGAAGCAGGAACUAAGUUGUCUGAGGAUUGCUGCAGAUAUGGGGCUGAUAACAGUCAGAACAUCAAUGAAAACGUUCUAGCUAAGGCUGCAGCCAUAUACGGCGAUGCUAGGAAACAUGUAGAAAAGGAGCAAGAAGACUUCAAUAAGCUGUUAUCUUCACAGGUUCUAGAUCCCCUAAGAGCCAUGAUUGCUGGUGCUCCUUUGGAGGAUGCUCGUCAUCUUGCACAACGCUAUAGUCGAAUGAGACAGGAGGCAGAGACACAGACAGCAGAACUUUCUAGAAGACAAGCACGAAUACGAGAAGCUCCAGUUCCGGAAAAUGUUGCAAAAUUGCAUGCAGCAGAAGCGAAGAUGCAGGAGCUAAAAGCAAAUAUGGCUGUUCUGGGUAAGGAAGCUGCAGCUGCAUUGGCUGCUGUAGAAGCACAGCAAUGUAGACUAACUUUUCAGAGGCUUGUUGCAAUGGUUGAAGGAGAGAAGAACUAUCAUUUAAGAAUUGCUGCUAUUCUUGGCGAUGUUGAAGCUGAGGUGCUAUCAGAGAAACAGCAUAAAGAAUCUGCUCCUCCUAUGAUUCCAUCAGAGAGCUACUCGGAGAAAACGUUAUACUACUUGGCUGAAGUAAGCUUUCUGUAUCUAACUUUAAACAUUAUACUACUUGCUGCUGGACAGAGAGUGGAUGCAGUGCUGUUGAACAGAGAGUGGAUGCGUUGCUGUUGGAUGCAUCACAGCUCAUGGCGGUGCGAGCAGUCUGAAGUGCGCAACCAAGGGACCUAUGCGGCUAAGUUUUAUUUCUAUGCAACCGAGAGACAAAUAUGCGUUUGGUCGUGAUAGAGAGCAACACUGCGACUGAAAAGUUGCGUCUCUACAGAGAGCAACGUCGCGUCUGAAGAUGCGGCUCGUCUGGUCACGACAGAGGAAGUCGUUCGCAUCUAUUUAUGAUGAAGGCGAUCAAGAGAACUGUGUGCCGCUUGGCUGGGCGAACUGGAUCUGGCAAUGAAAGCCAGUCUUGGUGGAGAUGGCUGGCAACAACGUCAGCUUGUGGUGGAGAUAGCCAGUCUGUGGUGGCUGGUGGCUAUGGUUGUGGUGGCUGGCAAUAAAGGCUGGUCCUUUUAGGGUUUUUUUAUUUCGACAAUGAAGGCCGGAUAAGAUUUAUAAAAUAGUUUAGAAUUUCUUAAUCUAAGUUCUAAUACCAUGUUAAGAAUGGUUUGAUUUAUGUUUAUUGAAUAUUACAUUCCUACAUAUACAAGUUUUCUGAAAUGGAAAAGAAAAUAGACAAUUAGUUACAAUUAAUUACAAAUGGUGUAGUUUUUAUAAUUAUAUGCUUUAACCUAAUUUACCCUCUCUUUCCUAUCACACACAAGAUCGGGCAUUGUCUAUACAAUUAGUGUAAUAAGUCAGUUCAUCUACAACCCUAAAGAAGUGCACUUAUAUGUAGUUUAUAGAAUACUACAUUACCUAAAAGGAACAUCCAAAAAAGAUAUCAUGUUCAUAAAGAAUGAUAAAUUUGUUCCUGAAGUCAUACUAUUGCAGAUUAUCCAGGGCCAAUGUUGGACAGAAGAUAUAUCACAAGUUAUUAUAUCUUCUUUGGGAGUAACUUGAUUACCUAGAGGAGUAAGAAGCAGAAUGUAGUUGCGAGCUAUUGUUGCUAAAGAGAAUUUUAGACUAUCUAAGAAUCAAGUGAUAGCCCCUUGCACCUGUACUAUGUCAACAAAUUGGCUAGACAUUGUUCAACAUGGUACAACACUAUAAAACCAAACAUAUUGAUGUUAACAAACACUUCAAUAUGUACUCUAUAUAUGCCCACCAACUUACAGUUUGUAGAUGUAUUAGCCAAACACUUGAGUAAUUCAACAUUCCAGACUAUUAUUGGAAAUUUCAAACAUAUUGAGAUUACCAGACACUUCAUUAAGGAGAAGGUAGACAGUGACUUAAUAUGUACUCUAUAAAUAACUACCAGCUUACAACUUGAGUAAUCCAGCAUUCUAGACUAUCAUUGGUAAGCUGGGGAGAGACAAUAUCUAGUUUCCAGCUUGAGGGAUGUUGUUAAAGAGUGUAUUAUAUGUGAGUAGGUUAAGGGGUACUAGGGUAAAAUAUACCCUUUGUGAUUAAUUUUCUAUUUCUUUUUCUAUUCUAGAAUAUUUGUAUAUAUAGGGUCAUCAUAUUCAAUAAAAUACACAUUCAACCAUUCUUAAUAUCAAAGAUAUAUCUUUAGUCAUAAUAGUUCACAAAUUCAUUGUACCAUGACUCUAAUUCUGCUUCAGCACUUGAUCUUGCAACACGAUUUCUUACUCCUAAGUGUCACCAGAUUACUGCCAAAGAAGUACAAUUGCCUGAUAUGGAUAUCCUAUCUGCUAUACAGUUGGAGUAAUCUGCAUCCAUAUAAGGUUCAAAAUUAUACUUGUUUUUUCUUUUCAAGCAAGAUCCCUUUUCUAGGUGUGGCCUUAAGACAGAAUAGAAUUUUAUAAGCAGCUUUUAGAUUUUUUUAUCUUCCUUAAGAUCAUGCAUGAAUUGAUUUAUGAUGCUUGUAACAUAAGCCAUAUCCAGCAUGGUGUGAGAGAAGGAAUCAAUCUCCCAACCCAUCUUUUAUAGUUUCUUUGUGUAAAAUUUUACAUAUUCCUCUUCACCCAGCCUAUAAUUAGGCUCAAAAGAUAUGCUAGUUGCAUUUCAGCCAAGUGUUCUAGUUUCUGUGAGGAGAGAUCAAACACAUUUCUGUUGGAAGACAUAUGCAUCUCUUGGACUAUGCUACUUCACUUACUAAAAAAUAUUUCGAGUUUCCAUGUUCGUUAAACUCAAAUUUUUUAGCUUGGAAUUUCUGAGGGAAUCUCCUUCAACUGUCGUUUUACAAUAAUGUCAUCCACAUAGACAAACUUUGACUUUCCCUAUGGUUGAAUGCUUUUUAAAGAGGGUAGUUUGCUUGGCUUUGUAAAGACUAUUGCUAGCGUAACCUUUACAAAUCUUUCAAAUCAUGCAUUAGGGGAUUACUUCAAGCCAUUUAGAAAUAAUUCAAGUCCAUGUCAUGAACAUCAUGACAUUAUCAACAGUAGUGGUGAAGAAAUGGACUCAAUACUUAGUAGGAUUCUUUGAUUGCUUGGGUUUGGAAACUGGCGCCUCUAUUUAUUAAGUAGACUUGAAGUGGCACAGUAGUAUUU